AUGGCUCAUCAUAAGGGUCAACGGAUUUCCAAGGAAGUUCAAAAUUUUAAGCAUUUUAAUGAAAGAUUAUUUUUGGAAGACCUAUCAAGCAUUCCGUGGGAAUAUGCAAAUAAUUUUAAUGAUCCAAAUGAUAGCUGGUUUGUUUGGAAAUCCUUAUUUCUUGAGGUACUUGAUAGACACGCGCCAAUUUUAAGGAAAUAUAUUAGAACUAAGAGAAUCCCAUGGAUAACUGCCUCCAUUAAACAGUUAAUGCGAGAAAGAGAUUUUAAUAAAGCAAUGUUCAACAAAUGUAAUUCGGAAUUACAUUGGGAAAAGUUUAAAACAAUUAGAAAUAAAAUUAAUGCUGAAAUUAAAAAACUUAAGGCUAACUAUUAUAAUACAAAAAUUUCUGAGUGUUUACUGAAUAAGAACAUUAAAAAGAGCUGGUCACUUAUCAAUAACUUGUUAGGAAAAGAUUCAAAAUCUACUAUCAUUAAUGAAAUAAGGAGUGAUAAUAAUGUCUUCACCGACAAAGUUUCAAUUGCAAACCAAUUAAAUGAUUAUUUCGUUAGCAUCGGUCCUUCCCUAGCUAUUGAGAUAGAAAAAAAUGAACGUAGCUUUCAGAGAUCGGAAAAUAGAGACUCUAAUGAUUGGCUUGAUACAACUUUUCGUUUUUCUGUUAUAAGUGAUGAGCAAGUUCUUAACAAUUUAAAACAAUUGGUAGUAUCGAAAUCGACUGGAAUUGACAAAAUUCCAGCUAGGGUUCUCAAAAUCUCAGCUGAUAUAAUUGCCCCAUCUCUAACAAAAAUUUUUAAUCUUUCAUUACGUACUGGCAUAUUUGUUACUGAUUGGAAAUUAGCACGUGUACACGGCCAAUGUAUAAAUCUGAUGACAGAAGUAAAU